AUGCUGAAGCCCUACACUUCCCACCACAUGCCUCUGGCUAUUAGGGUUGGGUCUACCCCGGCUAAUAGGAGUUUACUCCUCCUCAAGGCAUGGAGUCAGCAAACCCGAUGGAACCGGAGUUCCCAUGAUUUGGCUCGUCGAGCUUUCUUCUCGACACUAACUAAUUCAAAGCCUACCGUGUCAUGUUCAGCGAUAGUCUCUUCUAAACCUUGCCUAGACGAUUGUCUAACGGUUAUAGCAGUGCCAUUCCGAGACGGACCUCUUAUUCCUGGUUUUUACAUGCCACUCUGUGUAAAGGAUCCUAAAGUACUUGCAGCUUUACAAGAGAGCAAAAGCGGAGAAACUCCAUAUGCAGGGGCUUUCCUUUUGAAGGAUGACAAAGACCCUUCAACUGGUUCUUCUGUGAUUCACCAAGUUGGCACACUUGCUCAGAUUUUAAGUAUCCAAGGUGAGCAAGUCAUCGUCAUUGGUCGAGAACGACUUCAAAUAACUGAGAUGGUGGGUAAAGACCCUCUAACUGUCAAAAUUCAUCAUCUAAAGGAUAAGCCAUAUGACAAGGACGAUGAGGUCAUCAGGUCAACAUACUUUGAGGUUAUUUCAAUGCUUAGGGAAGUUUUAAAGACAACAUCACUCUGGAGGGAGCAAGUUCAAAACUAUGCACAGGAUAAUAUAGGUAACUCUAACUAUCGAAAGUUGGCCGAGUUUUUACUACAAAAAAGAAGAAGAAAGUUAACCGAUUCUGGAGCUGGGAUCUUUGAGGCUGUUGACUUCAAUUAUCAAAAGUUAGCCGAUUUUGGAGCCGGGAUCUCUGACGCUAAAAAACAUAAAAUUCAGGAGGUUCUUGAAGAAUUAGAUGUUCAUAAGCGUCUGAACUUGACUCUGGAAUUGGUUAAAAAGCAAGUGGAGAUGAACAAAAUUCAAUUGUUUCAUGCCUCCCUUUUCCCGGAAUCCACAGCAGAAGCUGAUGAAGACGAAAAGGAAUCCACAUCAGACACUGAUGAUGAAGACGAAAAGGAGUCUGCCACGUUUAAGAAAAGGAUUGAACCUAUUAAGGAGAAAAUUCCGAAACAUGUACUAAAAGUCAUAGAAGAACAGUUUGCGAAAAUUGAUAGGAUAAUACGCAAUUACGGUAGCACCGAUGAUAUAUUUACCUACGUUGAUUGGUUGACUGCGUUGCCUUGGGGAAAAUGCAGUGAUGAUAAUUUUGAUGUCCUACGAGCAGAAAAGAUUCUUGACGAGGAUCACUACGGAUUACGUGACGUAAAAGAAAGAAUACUAGAGUUUAUUGCUGUCGGAACACUUACGGGCAAUCCACAAGGAAAGAUCAUUUGUCUCUCUGGCCCUCCUGGGGUAGGAAAAACAAGUAUUGCUCGUUCUGUCGCACGUGCUCUUGACCGCAAGUUCUUUCGGCUAGCUGUUGGAGGACUAUCUGAUAGUUCCCACAUUAAGGGGGACCGUGGAGUAUAUAUUGGUGCCACGCCCGGAAAGAUGGUGCAGUGUCUAAAGGAAGUGGGAACAGAGAAUCCUCUUGUUCUGCUCGAUGAGAUUGACAAGCUUGGAAAGAAAAGGAGUAGAGAUCCAGAGGGUGCGUUGUUGGAGCUUCUGGAUCCACAGUAA